AUCUAUCGAAACUAUGCAGAAAGAAUCAAGCCUGAAAGCCUAUAGAAUCCUGAGCUAAGAGUGAAAAUCUUGUUUUUGGAUAAAACGCAUUGGUAGUGGAUAUAGUUAUGCGGUGUCGUAUUUUACGACACAGCUGUUGAGUCAUACGCACUCAAAGUUGGAAACUUUCGAUCGACUGAAAACUUUCAAGUCGUCAAACACCGAAUUAAACAGCACCAAAAGUCAUAAGGAUUUAAAAGAAAACGCGUGUCUUCGCUUUUCGACGUGGGAAUCGCCUUCUUUGUUGCUAUUUCAGCUUUUUACUCAAAUUGAAAAAGAGUCGGACAUCUUUAACAUGUGUGCACAUCAAGAAGCUUCCAGCGAUCUUCACACGGCACUACGCAACAGAUGCACAGAGACUGUAGUAACGGAGAGUUCAAUCACCGGCUGCUUGAUUAUAGCGGGAUUUCUAUCCGGUUUAAUUGUGUGCUCAGCGAUCUACAGAAAUGUAAGAUUGCGGUACACCAUUCACAUAUAUAUUUUAUCGUAUGCAAUUAUCGAUUUGGUGACAUCGCUUCUCGUUAUGCCAUUCACACUCGGCGCUCUUAUCAAAGGCGAAUGGGUCUCUUCCGAGUCCGCUUGCCAGUUUCAAGGCUAUGCUAUCUCGGUACUAGGCAUUUUCACUGUCCUUACCAUGACUCUGACCGCUUUUGACAGAUAUAUGGCCAGUUCACGCCUAAGUCAAUAUUGGACCCUCUUCAAACAAAGGCACAUCUGUAUUGUCCUUGCCGUUUUCUGGCUUUUUUCCUCCGCAAUUCCGUUAUCCUCUACCUUGGAUCGCAACGACUUUGUUUUUCACCCCGGUUAUGGCGUUUGUAGAAGCGAAGCCAAAAACGAAACUUAUCUCCGGGCGUCGAUUUUGAAAAUAGUCAUCUUUAUUGUACCUUCUGUUGUCAUCGCUAUAUGUUUCUGCCGAGCGAAAUUAAAUAUUCAGCGGAGAUUCAAAGAUCCGAAACUUUGGGCUCAAGAAGGGCGAAUGGAAAAUUUAAAUGCUUGGAAAGACGAAGAAAACAAAACAAAACUUCUAGCUGCUUUUAUACUAGGAACUCUUUUUUUCUGGGUUCCUGGUUACGCUUGCGACGUUGCCGACGCAUUCACAAACGAAAAGUGUCUCCCGCGCUCAAUCUAUUUGUUAAGCACGUUUCUUUUCAACGUCUCUCAUUGCGUGAAACCGCUAAUUAUUGCGGCCAUAGAUGGAGACUUUGCCACGGAAUUUAAAAGAAUCCUCAAAUUUCGCAAAAUCAGGAGAGUUGUCGACGUAAAUGUGCAAGGAAACAAGCUUGGAGGAGAUCCAAAGUUUAUGCCGGAAACCAGGAAGUAUUAUUGCCAAACGGAAGAAGAUGAUGAUGCAAAUUUGACUAAGGCGAACGAGUCCAAUAUGUGAACACGUGAUAAACUGAACGUUCUGCCAAAGUGGAGCAGCAACUGCAUUUACUCCGGCUUUACUUAUCCCACAGAAAUGAUUAAUAUGCAACUUCUCCUUUCUCCCUGCAAUAUUCAUCCAUUAUUCAGAAAACAAGAAUUUGAGAAUUGACCAAAUUAUCACUUAAAGAGUUUGUCUUGACACAACGAAUCCUCCAAAUCACUGUGCGAGGAACUUUUUGGAUGCUGUAAGAGAGAAUUGAAAAUCAUGUCAGAAGAUUUAAAGAAGUUAACAUAUUAAGUUCUUGGCAAGCAAAAAAAACCAGUUAAUUUACAUUUCAAAGUAAAUUUUCCAAAGAGAGAUAAUCAUUAGUUCUAGCAGCUUGUACAUACAGAUGUGAACAUUUUGAAGCUGUAUAGAGGCCUUUCAACAACUAAUUAAUGAUGUAAAAUAAUCUGAGAUGAAUUGUAAUACUAAUGAUACGUGAGCUUGUUGUCUGUAAAAGCCUCAGUUUUAAACGGGAUUAAUUUCCCAAUUUUUCUCUGACGCCUAUUUAUACUUGAAGGGGAGUCAGUAAAGAAGGGAAAAUCAAAUGAACUGUCCUCGAAACCCAUCAAAUCACACAAU